GGUCGAUAAUGUGAACGAACUGAUGCAGAUUGAUUAUUUGUCUGAUUAGUUUUUAUAGAUGAACUGAAGUGUAUAUUCAUUGAAUUUGAAAUGAAAUAAAUAUAUACUUGUUAUAACUUUAACUUUAACAAAAGCAAGUAAACUUCAGUGCAGCCUUGAGCAAGAGUAGAAAACAAAUCUUUGAUCGCCCGAUCGACAUUAUUAAAUUUUUAAACUUCUGCAAUGCAAAAUAAUUGUAUCUACACAGUCAUAUGGAAUUAUGCAUUUUACUUCAUCGCUUUUUAUCCUGCAGUGAUCGAAUAAGCAUGAAUGCAAUUAAUAUGAACUGGUUAUCUUCAGCAGAAGGAGAAUCCUUAGUACAUCAUUUUUAUGUGAAUUCGUCUAAAAAGAGAAGAUUCUAUGGCAUUCUGGAAAGACCAUCGUUGCCUUCAUCUAUCGAGGAGGUCACUUAUAAAAUUUUUGUAAUAGGUAGAUCUGGCGUGGGGAAAACCUCAGUAAUAGCAAGACUCGCAGGAGUUCUAGAUUCCAAUAAUUAUAUGGAAACCAAUGGAAUAAGAAAAACAAAUGUUUACUGGCCUGUAAAGAUCUGGGAUAAAGUCGUUCUAUUUAAAUUGCAAUUCUGGGACACCUCUGAAAUCAGUAUAAAAAAAUACAAUCAUAUUCUGCCAGUAUGUUUGAGAAAUAAUAUAUAUGAGCUCUUGUGGAACUACAUUCACAAUAAAAAACAUGAGAUGCAGAAUCUUUUUCAGGCAUGCAAGGAUAAGGUUGAUGCAAUAUGUUCUGUGUUUUCCUUCGACGAUGCAUCAAGUUUCAAUGACAUUCCAUAUUUGAUGAAUACAAUGAUAACUGUAAAAGGAAAACCAGCAAAUAUAGUGAUUGGCACAAAGUUUAAACCUUGGUCAAGUUCCAUGAUAGAUGAAGCACAAAUUAAAGAAUUCGAGGACAAAUGGAAAGUUAAAGUGAUCAAGAUUGAUGCUAGUAAAUUGUCAGUAAGAUCUGAAAUAUUUGAUUGCUCAUAUCAAUUGAACGCUAUUUGUAACAUUUUGUGGAAUAGAGACAAAGAGUUUAUAUCUAAAUUGAUGGGACAAGUUUAAUAAUUGCAAACAGAUGUAUUCUUGUAUAUUUUAUAUAAAAUAAAAAUG